UUGAUGAGCCAUUCAAUGUUGCAAAGACGACCACGUGUCUCAGCAUUUAUUUCACUCAAUCCCGUCUUCAGAUCUUUGGUCCUUCCCCCUUCACACCGUGUCUCAUACCCGACAUCGCACCUUCACUCUUCCAACGUCAACAGUCGCCUUACCAACACAAAGAUCCGUGCCAAAUCAACCAUGGGCAGUACUAACGGCGUGAGCACCGGGAAGCCGGUUUUGUUCUUCGACAUUGACAACUGCUUGUAUCCAAGAAGCGCCAAGGUUCAUGAUCUUAUGGCAAAGCUUAUUGACGAAUACUUCUCGAAACACCUGGAGUUGCCCUGGGAUGAGGCUGUGAAGCUGCACAAGGAAUACUACACCAGCUAUGGCCUAGCCAUCGAAGGUCUUGUGCGACACCACCAAAUUGAUCCUCUCGACUACAAUGCCAAAGUGGACGAUGCGCUACCUCUAGAGGGAAUCAUCAAGCCCAAUCCUGAGCUUCGGGAACUCCUUGAGGACAUUGACAAGACCAAGGUCACCAUGUGGCUCUUCACCAAUGCGUAUGUGAACCACGGCAAGCGGGUGGUUCGUCUUCUUGGCAUCGACGACCUUUUUGAUGGGCUCACCUUUUGCAACUAUGCCGAUCAACCCUUGAUCUGCAAACCUGACCCAGAGAUGUACAAGAAGGCCAUGCGCGAAGCAGGUGUGGAGCGAGUGGAGGAUUGUUUCUUUGUUGAUGAUUCUGCCUUGAACUGCACACAGGCCAAAGAGUUUGGCUGGACAGCUGCCCAUCUCGUUGAGGAGGGGGUGCAGGCUCCCGAGACCCGGGCAUCACAAUAUCAGAUCCGCCAUCUCAGAGAGCUGCGUGACAUUUAUCCGCAAUUUUUCAAAUCGGCAGCAGGUACCGCGUAG